CCUCCUACACUCCUGUGUAUGAGGUCCAGAGAGACAAGCUGGCCAGUCAUAACAGAGGACAGUCCUCACAUCACACGGCGACGCAUGAAGAAACACACAAAGAAUCAUCUUCACGCCAGCACUGGACAUCUGGUCGGCUGAUUAUGGACUGAAGAUCUAUACUCAGGUAUCAAACAAGAAAGGACACCAGGGAGAAAGGGGAAGCAUUCACCCAACAAAAACCACCAGGACUGGACUGAACUCUAAAAGAGCGCCUUGGCUUAAAGACACUUUUUAAGGACCUAUAUCUGACGUUGUGAGCACUUUUCUUCAGCUAUCAUGGCAUCCACUGGUCUCCAGUUGCUGGGCUUGGUGUUGGCCAUGCUGGGUUGGGCGUGUGGGGUCUUGGUGUGUGCGGCCCCCCUGUGGCGUGUCUCUGCCUUCGUCGGCGGGGAGAUUGUGAUCGCUCAGGUGCUGUGGGAGGGACUGUGGAUGAACUGCCUGUCCCAGACCACGGGCCAGAUCCAGUGCAAGACCUACGACUCCACCCUGGCUCUGCCCAUGUCCCUCCAGGUUGCUCGGGGCCUCACAGUCAUCUCCCUGCUCCUCUGCCUCGUGGCCCUCAUGCUUGGGGUGGCUGGAGCCAAGUGCACCCACUGCAUGGGUGACGGGAAUCAGGCCUCUAAAGCUCGGCUGGCGAGGAUAUCAGGGGUGCUGUUCCUUGUAGCGGGCCUGGCUUACUUGGUACCAAUCUGUUGGACUGCUUACACGAUCAUCAGAGACUUCUAUGAUCCAAACGUUGCAGCGCCUUUGAAGAGAGAGUUGGGGCCGGCGCUGUACCUGGGCUGGGGAGCCUGCGUGCUGCUCCUGGUGGGGGGCGCUCUGCUGCAUGUGGGCUCUUCUCCACCGGUAGGAAAAACGCUGCCUGUUGGAAGAGCAGCAGUGAAGGACAACCCACACUCAGGGGCAGCAGGGGAGGUGAAGCAACAGGAGAAAUCUUUUGUAUGAGACAGAUUCAUCGGACACGUGAGGCUUAAACACAGAGGUCACAACCUCAUCAGAACACCAGUGGGUCCUGUGUUUCAUGUCCUUUAAACACAGUUUGUUGAUUUUUCCUGUGAUUAUUGGAGAAACCUCACACUGAUGGGGUUUCUAAUACAACUGGAGUUAUUAAAGAGUGUGGGAGGUGACAUGAGCUGUGGGAGGAUAAUAGAUGUUUAGAUGUUUACUAAUGUGUGUGACUUACAUUUCUUAAAUUCCACACUGCCUCUGCUUGUUUGUGUGUGCGUGUGUGUGUGUGUGUGUGUCUGUGUGAGUAUGUGUGUGUGGGCGGCCUGUGUACAGAAGUUCAGUGUACAUUGUACAUCACUGUAUGCUGAUGUAACAGCUCAAAAUAUGAGUGGGCAGCUGUGGGAGGGACAGUGUGAUGCUUUAUUUGACUUUUAUUUGAAUUGUUCAGAGUUUUUAAUAUUUCUAUCUUCUUGUUUUUACCGUAUAAUUCCUACUGUGCAAUGUUGCCAAUUUAAGGGUUUUGAUCCUGUGUCUUUUGAAAUAAUUAUCAAUGUUUUUGCCGUUUUAUUUUCACCAAAACUUGUUCACUUAAUUUGGUUGAGCAAAAAAAUAUUCUUUAUUAACUCUGAAGUUAUAUUACAACAAUGAUUGGGCUUCAAAUGAUGGCACACGUCAGGGUAGAGGCUCUUCUCUGACAAAAAAAGAGUCACAUGUUUUUGUAUUUAAUCUUCUGUAUUACUUAAAAACUUGUGCACAAUAAAAAAACAAGUGUUUACAAAUUA